CUCUGAUUGGCUGGGGCGGGCGGCUCGGCCGUUAAACGGCUGCGGCGCGCGCCGGCAGCGCCCGUGCCCGUGCCGCUCCUCAAGUGCGCGGGCAGGAAGCGGAAGUGACGCCCGUGCCGGUGGCCGUUGGGGGUCGUUACCGGCCGGGGCCGGCCCGCUGAGGAUGAGCGCCGUGACUGAAGAUGUUAAGCCAGAAGAUGCCAAGCCGGAACCUGAGAAAAAAAUAUAUUAUUGUGAAGUUUGUAAAGUUCCAUGUAUGAGUUCUAUAAGUCUUCAGUCACACUACCGUGGUGCAAAGCAUAGAAAGAAAGAAAAAGCCCUGAGACCCAAGACUGUCUAUUGUCCUCCAGCUCCAGCCCGAACUCCGACGAAGUAUGAAACACAGAGACCAGUGAAGAGAGGACUCACAAAGGACAUAACCUGUCUGAAGGAUUUUAUGAAUGAUCCCAAAAGAGAAGAACCUCUAGUUGGUUUAGAACAUGUGGUUGAGAUCAGAUUUGAAGGAAGAAAAGAGCCGCAUUAUGAAUGCAAGCUGUGUGGGUUUAAUACAGAGAUGGCACCCAUGAUAGAACAUCUCAGCGGGUAUAAACACAGGAGAGCAUACAUAUCUAAAGAAUUUCCAGAUAAAAUGAAGAGAAAGACAACAGAUGUAAAAGAAUGCAAAGUCUCAUUUCUCAGAAGAAUAGCAGGAGAGCUAGAGAAGUCCGAAGGAUUAAAAAUGUAUAAGAUUGAAGGUUACAUAAGACCAAGUACCUCAUCCCCAUCAAAGAAGAAAGCAAGGUGGGAAGAUGAUCAUAAGCAUGAGAAUGAUCCUGUUCGGAAGCAGAAAGCUUUAGAGUUCUUGGAGACUUUUCACAUCACCUCAGACUCAGAAGCAACACUCGUUGUUCACAUUACGCAGGAACUUACAGAAGCUUUGAAGUUGUUUUGUGAAAAGAAAGCAGCAGUUAAUUAUACUAAUAGUCUGAGGCCACUGAUGUCAAUAUCUCAAGAUGAUUUUCCAGCAAGAAAAAACAUCCCAAAACUGUAUAAGCCAUAUGGAAAAUCCAAAGGAAAUUCUGACUGGAAUCAAGGUUCUUCGUCUCAGUAUGAAGAGUGUUCUGCAGAUGAUUCUUUUGCUCCUGAUAACUCAUACGGUUACCAAAGGGAUGACAGAUCAUCUCUCUAUGGACUAAGACCUAGUGACUUUGCAAUGAUGUCUGCACUCAGGGACUCUUUUGCUCUUCAGACUGGAUGUCCAGCCAGUGGGAUCAGUGAAUGGCUGAGACAGUUCAGCCGAUCUGCUUCUGGCAGUAAUUUGGCCCGUGAGGCCUCUUCGUAUGAGACAAAUUCAGUGAGUGAGUACUCAGCAGAAUAUAUGCCCAAAGAUGUGCAAGGAAGUAAGCUCCCCGACAACAGACUGCCAUACGGCGAGGAAAGUACAAACUGGAGGAACCAACAAACGUGUACAAAAGCAAGGAGCUUAAGUGAUCAAGGAUUACCCUAUCCCAAUUCUUCGUAUCCUUCAUCUGGAAGAUACUCAACAAACUAUCCUUCGCAGAGCUAUUCCUGUUACAGGAGUGAUGGGCCUGCAAAUUCUUGUACGUCUUCUGCACAUUCUGCUUCUUCAGGAAGAGGUGGCUCCAGGUGGAACGAGGGCUACAGGUGGAACCAGGACUCCAGGUGGAAUGAGAACACCAGGUGGAACCAGGACUCCAGGUGGAACCAGGACUGCAGGUGGAAUGAGAACAUUAGGUGGGACCAGGAUACCAGGUGGAACCAGGACUCUAGGUGGAACCAGGAUUCUAGCUGGAACCGGGAAACUAGGUGUCAAGAAUAUCGGCAUCAGAAGUCAGGCCACAGAAGUGACUGGGGUUCACGUCACCAUCCCUUCUCUGGCGGUGGUUCAUACAGAGAUGACCAGCAGUUCAGAGGCUCAGACACGACAUUUGAUGAAGACGCUGUCGAUCUUGCUCCUAACACUUUGAACAGACUAGGAGGAAAUGACAUACCUGCAAUGACCAGGAUGCUCAAGCAGUUGGCUCCGUAUUAUCCAGCCCUUCAAAAAAUAGAUAUUCAGACGUUAGCCAAUGUGCUAGUAGAAACUAGAGGAAAAGAUUAAGGAGCAACGACUGCUGAACUGGAAACAUGAUCAGAUUCAAGCAUCUUCAUCUCUUGGCAUUCAGGAAAAGACUGCGUUUGAUUGUGGGACUGGUUUUGGAAGGGGAAAGGGAGGUAGAGUUCAACAUUUUAACGUGGUAAAUGUAGCUGGAACACAAACUUGCACAUAAAGGAGGUGAACACUAUUUUGUUUAGGCUUUUUUAAAGUAUUUGUUAUAUCUUAGUAUAUUGCAGAAAAAUCUUUUGUUAUUUUUUGAAAAUAUGUUAAUGUUACUCUGUCAGGAAAAAGCUAAUUGCCCUUUUAGCAUCCUUCCCCACUCAGAAAAAAAGAAAGGUUUGCUUUUAUGUUAACUUUUUAGGAAGAAAGCUCACUGAAAAUUCAGGUCUGUUGCAUGAAAAUGCAGGUGUAUUUUCCUUCAAACAAAGUUAAGGUCAGUUAAUGUAAGGCUUUAUAAUUUGGAUAUUUUAGAAAUUGAUACACUACAUUUCAGUUUAGGAUAACGAAAGGCGAGUGUUGCAGCAAAGGUAUUCUCUGGCUUAAUGUCAUGCUGUGUGAGAAAAAUGUAAUUGGUUUUAGGGGAUGGUUAUGUAAUGGGGCAUUUUACCUGCCUUUGUUUUUGCAGAAUGGAAAGGGACAUGCAAUAUAGGCAGACUUUUUUUAUCCUGCUUAGAAUGAAACUGUUGCAAAUUGACUUAGAAACUCAUUUGUUGAAUUGAUCCAUACUAAAAGAGAAUAUUCUUCAUUCUUCCUUAUUGAAGAAAAGCAUAUUAAGAAAUAAUAGAACCUAUAAGGCAAUUAGUUAAAAUAAUAGGGAAAAUUAAAACAUUAAUCAAAAUGACAUACUAACUGAGAAGUAAUCACCAGUUCAUGAUGUUUAUCAGUGGUCCAGACUUAUGUUUUCUUCUCCCUGCACCUCUGAGUUGUAAGUUCAUGAACUCCCAGCAGUAGAUGUCUGCUUUAUGUAACCGAAUAGAGUGUACAUGGGGCUAAAAAGAGGGACUAGAGUGAGACAGCUUACUCCCCAACAUCUGUUUUCCUUUUCACUGCUGUGUUAUGGACUAUGAUUUUUCUUCUCAUCUAUACCUGGAAUAUUUAUUUGUCCCUGCUGGAGUAGGGUCUGUCUUCAUGAGCUGUCAUACUGCUGCAUUCACAGAAAGUAACUUUGGAACUUGACAUGUAGAUUUGAACACAAAGGCAACAAAGCAGCUGAUUAUAGAGCAUAUAAAUGUGAUUCUCUAAAAUUCUCCUCCGACAAUUGUUUUGCUUGCACAUCAGAAAAGAUCCACUUUCAUUCUUAAUUCUUGUACCCUGUUCCCUUUCCUCCAGAAAGUGUAGUGCAACUAAAUACUGAAACUGCAGAAAAACUCUGAAAAUUAACGUUACGACCUUUUCAGCUGGAAUCUUUGUAGAGAGGUCACUUUUCUUCAGUUCUGACUCCCUUUGGGAUAUUCCAGUGGCGUACAGUAGCUGGAUGAGCUCUUCCCAACUUAGAUGCUCUUUCGUCCUCCACAUUCCCUUCUUAUUUUUUGUUCUGGGGAACAGUUCCUGCUCCUGCUCAUUGCACAGGGUCUUGCUUUGGGAAAACAGUUCCUGCAUUUUGAAGUCAAUUCGGAAUAGUAAGCAAGCUAAGAAAUGCUUUUCAUCACUGAGUUACUACAGGUUUCCUGAACUGUAGAUAAGCAUUUAGUCUCGUAAAUGCUCCUUGCUUUGUUUCAGUCUUCAAUUCUUACCAAAAUCAGUGAACUUCUUGAUAUGCUUGACUGUUGGUUCUUUCACACAAGCACAAGCAUUUAGGGAUUUAAGUUGGCAGUUUGCACUGCAAGCCUCUCUUACCCCUUAUGUGCAACUGCUCCCAGUCCUUCAGUUCAGUCCUCCAGCAGUUUAUUCUUUACAGCUCCUUUCAAUCACUUAGCUAAGCCAGUUUCAGCUUCAUUGCUGCUUUCUCCUUUAUUUUUAUCUUUCUUCUUUCUAAAGACUUCCUAGCUUUGAAAAUUAAGAGCUUCAGUGUACAGUAGCUGUACUGAUACUGGCCUGGGCUCUGCCACUCGGCACUCCCAAAUUUGUUGUCUCCACAAUUGAUUUCAGAGACUUUUUUCCACCACUACCUAUACCAGCAAACAGGUGUAGCUGACUUGUGCCAAACAAGCGGUAUCUUUAUUUUCACGGGAACACAUUCCUCUGUGAAGUGCAAUUUCCUAGCAGUCAAGUGAAGUACAGGAAGAAUGGACAGAAGCACCUUCAGGAUGCAACUCUGCAAAGGGAUCGUUUGCCCUUGUGACAGGAGUAAUGAAGCUUGGUUUGUUUUUUUCAGGGCUGUGCAGAACUGUGGUGCUGGGCAUCAUUGCCUUGUUCAGAGGGUUUCUGUGACAUCUUCUCCCUCUGGAAGGCCAGGUAUUUACAACUCGAAAUGUUCUCUUUUACAGGGUCUCUCUUUCAGUCAUUGUCAAUCCAUCCAGGGAAUGUGCCUGUUUCACUUCUUUCUGUCUAGCCAGCAUCUUGUCCUACAAACAUGUCUUCUGACAGAUUGUGACUUUGGGUUCUGGCCGUCUUGUUUUCACUUAGUUCAACUCUGCCAUUUUUAAAGGAGGAUUCAGCUGAGAGCAGGAAAAGGACAGCAUAAAUCCAGGCUGCUGACCUUUUGGGCACGUGACCAGCAGUGGCCACAAAGGCACCAAGUAAGAAGCCUUCUUGGAGGGGAAUCAAAAACAAAACAACACAGAAGUGCCUUGGGAGUUCUGCCACCCUAGCAGUUACCACAGUAGGAUUGCCUAAGCUGUUUCACUUUCCUGCAUUGGCCAAUUUCCUUGAGUCAGCCUCUGGCUACUCGUGCCUGAGAAACCUCUGCCUUCUCCUGCUCCUGUGUACUACAGGACUGGAGCAGAACGAGUCCUCUGCCUGUCCCUGUUCCAGGCUCUGGUCCUUUAGGGCCUUGGAAACCAUCUUCGCAGGGUAGGCACUGCUGCUCUGCAGAGCACUGUCACGCCGAGCGCUUGCAUUGCUUCAGUGCAGCAUUAAUACAGCGGCACUCAGUGGCUCUGGCACUGAGGUCAGAUUUUUGAGGCUGCAGCAGAGCCCUUUGAACCGAGUUUGCUUUUCCUUAAAAGGCCAUUGAUAAAAAAACAGGACAGAGCAGGCUUUGAGGAAUCUCUGGCCUACUUUCAGCCGGUUGCUUGGGCUGUGGUGUACUUGCUUUCGCACCUUCAGAAGGAUCUCUGUGUCCCACUGAGGCAAGAGCCAUCCCAGUCCAAGGACACUGGUAAUUUUCCACACCAGCAUGGCUCCCUCAGAAAGUGCUGUCAGCUCCGGUGGUUCUACAGCAAUCAGUGAUGUGUGAGGACACUGGCUGAAAAAAAAAAAGGUGCCUUCUUCACAGGCCACAACCUUGGUAAUUUCUCUGCUACCAGCUUUAGUUCUAGUUUUGUUAUCUUGGUCCUAUUCUGAUCCCAGAUUUACUGGAUUUCAUUUGGUCAGACGUAUGAUCCAAAGAGACACGUUCCUUAGUGGGAAAGGAGCGAGGAAGCUCUUUUUAGUGGGGCUUCUUAAUAGGAAAGCUCUUUUGAGCCCAGAAAUACGGGGCUCAUUUCUUUCUUUCUUUCUUCCUUAUUCCCUCAGGAAUUUGUAUUCUCAUUUCUUUCUCCCUCCCUUCAGGAAUACAUGCAGCGCAUACAUACACAGCGUUCUGGGGAGGUAAGGUGCAGGCAGUAACUUGUUGGAAAGCUUUCUCCCUGGUCUCCUUGAAGUAAGUUAGCUGCAGUUUGUCGUAGGCUGUUGAAGCGGUCGCUGGUGUUUGCCACCAUUCCUGUCCCCAACCUCCCAGACGCAAUCCAUCGCCCUUUGGAGGCCCAACACCCCUUCUGGGUGCCCCCAGUGCUUUGCUGCGAGCACCUGUCACUCCCUACAGAUGUCCCACCACAAAGGUGUUUAGGAAGCGUUACCGAAAUGUCACCAGGGGCUGCUAUUAACCUUUGUAGCCAUGUUCUGAUGAGUAACAGCCACAGGUAAACUUUAAAUGCUUCGGGCAGUGCAGCUGUAAGAUUGUCUUUGCUUCUUCAGUUACUGCAGGAGCUGGUGCGUGACAGAAGAAACCUAAUUACUUUUUCUGCUUCAGUUUUCCAUCUGCAAGUGGUGAGGGUGAGGUUUUGAGGAUGCUUGACUGUCAGCUCAAGGCCACUUCAGAAUGAGUGCUUCACCACAAAAAGGAGGAUUAUUUGUGGUAAAUGAGCACACUAAGCAGAGGGAACUAUAUCCAGAGGAACUAGAGGUUUAUUUUUGUAGGGAACUCACUGCGGAAGAUGCAGUUUAGGACAAAGAUGAGAAGCAGUUCUAUUGGAAGAUGCCCCAAGGAUACCCUGAAAGGAAGGGGCAGCUAGAAAGCAAAAAUACAAAGCAAAGCAAAAAGACCACCCCUGUUAAGUGGCAGGGACCCCUAAGCCACAGAAAUCUGAAUACAGAAACACAACCCCCACCAUUCCCUUAAAAACUUGUACAAAAAUAAAGUAGGCUGUGUAGGUUGGUCUAGCACUUUUACUUAACUUUAAAUUCUGUAUUAAAAAUUAAUACGUUAACCUCUUAGAAAAGUAAGGCACAUGCAAAACAUGUUGUGCAACUUCGGCGUUCCGACUCUGACAAACUAACAAGCACUAUUUUAAUUUGGCAUUUCUAAAGAGUCAUUUUUUUCCUCAUGCAGGAUAUGUGGAAGAAAGUUAGGUUUGACAUUGCACCGGUUAAAUCUAGGCUCUGUGCUUUCUGUACCGCAGUAAGCGAGAGGUGGUCGAUCUUACGGUAAUACAAAACGAAAACCAACUCAAGUACAGAUUCUGAAGGUGACGACGAACGUACAAAAUUUAAGAAUGUGAAAUUAUAUCCAAUAUAAUACAUCCAUAAUCUUAUUCAGUACAUGAUCAUUUGGCAACUCCAGUCUGUACAGUGCCAGGGUGGAAUCCCGAGUCAUCAAUGUCAUACGAUGCUGAAGACCAUGGACAGGUACUGCUCGUAGGACACCUGAAUCCAGCCGUCCUGAUCCGUAUCGUAACGCCGGAAUACAUCGGUCAGCCUCUAAAAAAGGGGGAGAAAAACACACGUUUUGGUACACGCUAAAAUCAAACUGGCAGCUAUUCUGCUUGCCCCCCAGGUUUCUCUAGCUGUAUGAAUGCUUGCUGUGCAUGCCCUCUGAAGGCACUGUAUGGUUUUCGUGCCAUAGCGGUAGCUCUUUGCUGCAUCCUGUGCUCGAGCUGUGCAGCAGAUCUGGGUUCAUGAUGUAUGAUGUAUCUUAUGAUAUGACACCUACGCCUAACCAGGCACUUCUUCAUGGAGCAGACAGCUUUUUCUAGCUGGCUCCUGGGGAGGUGGGAACAAUCUGGAGACAGAAUCUAAUGAGUACCAUGUCCAUUUCUCAUCUUUUUGGCCAAAUCUGUUCAAUGCAUCACCAAAAGUACAAUUUGCUCAUAUUACAAAUGAAUAUAAAAACAACUUAUAUUUCAGCAGCAGUGUUUGAUUUAUGGCUACAGAUGUAAAGUUGAAAGGAGAAGACCAAAACUUAGGGAAAUAAUGAAGACCCUACUUACAGAGCACUCCCUUCUCUUCAUGGUGCAUAUAGGAAAAUAGCUAGGAUACUGCUGCAACAACAGCCAGCGUAAGAAAAAAAUCCCUCUGACUAGCCUGCUAAAAUUCAGCUUGUCCACUUUUCCCCAAAGCCUUACAUGUAUUUCUGAAAUGUCUGAGAUUCUUAGAGAAACCUUAAGCUUAUCAGUGCUUAAGGGCUUGUAAUUUCUCAGGGUGAGAAAUCAUUCAGUGAUUUAUUUCUAAACAAGAUGUACCUGUAAAACAGCAGUUCCCUCUAUAAAUUCACAUACACACUCCUAUUACUGGAAUUUUUGUUGUUAUUUGUUUUGUUUUAAAUGUCUUUUACUACCAUUGCCCCUGCAGAAAUAGCAGUGACAGAAGACCAGAUAAUUCAGGUAUUAGGUCAAAAUCUUUGUAAUCAGAGCCUUAAACAGAGAUGCAAAAGUCCUUGCAAUCAGAUUACGAGAACUUUAUUUUGGAGUAUACUCAAGAGGGAAACAUGGGACAUGACACACUCCAGUUUUAAGUGUGCCUAUAUUAAAGCUAAAGAAAAUUGCAUUUAAUGUUUUUCUUUUAAAAGCACCGAGACUAUUUUACAUUUUUUCACUCCAUAAAAACAUUUAAGAAGUCAAAAAA